CAUAUUUUAUCAAGCUUGGUACAAGAGAGGCUAGCGAUACAUUAGCAAACAUAUUAUAAAAUGCACAUGGAGAGUGUGGCCCAUGGUAUUUAAUCCAUUCCUUGUUUCAAUUUCUACUCAAGUUUGGUUUUGCUGAGGUUGAUAUGGAGAGUGUGGUCCAUAGUAUUUAAUCCAUUCCUUGUUUCAAUUUCUCCUCAAGUUUGGUUUUGCUGAGGUUGAUACUGAGACUCUCCUCAUAUCUGUCAAAAGGUCUCUCUCUCUCUCUUGGUGCAUUUAGUAGAUAUCAUUAUGUUGAUAGUUACAUUCUCGGUUCAAUGAAGGAGUUUGGAUCUUCUCAGUUUUCCCAUGACAACAUUUGGAGCUCUACAAGGUGAAAAAACUGAUACUGGAGGUGAAAUCAACAUGGAUGACAAUGUAACUCCUUUUGCCAAGGCUGGAUUUUUAAGCAGACUGUCAUUUUGGUGGUUGAAUCCAUUGCUCAAGAAAGGAAAAGAGAAAAUUCUUGAGGAUAAAGAGAUACCAAAGUUGAGGCAAACAGAUAAAGCAGAGACAUGUUACUUCAGGUUUAUGGAGCAGUUAAGCAAACGAAAAGAAAAAGGAACUCCAAAUCCUCCUAUUUUGUCAACAAUUCUUUUCUGGCAAUGGAAAGCUAUCUUAGUUUCUGGUUUCUUUGCAUUAAUCAAGGUACUCACACUGGCUACCGGCCCAAUGCUUUUGAAAGCUCUCAUUGAAGUUGCCCAAGGAAAAGAAACGUUUAGAUACGAGGGAUAUGCAAUAACUGCAGGGUUCUUCUUUGCAAGAUUCUUAGAAUCACUAUCACAGAGGCAAUGGUACUUUCAAACUAGGGUCAUCGGGCUCCAAGUACGAUCUGUGCUAUCUGCAGCAAUCUAUAAGAAGCAACUGCGACUCUCAAAUGCUGCCACGAUGAUUCAUUCUCCUAGUGAGAUAACAAAUUAUGUCACAGUAGAUGCUUAUAGAAUAGGUGAAUUUCCAUAUUGGUUCCAUCAUAUAUGGACAAACCCCCUUCAAAUAUGUCUUGCAUUUUUAAUCAUCUACUAUUCUAUAGGGCUAGCAACUAUUGCUGCAUUAAUUGUAAUUAUAUUGAUUGCCUUGGGAAAUUAUCCAAUAGCCAAAUUACACCAUAAGCACCAAACAAAUCUCGCAGGGGCACAAGACAGGAGGUUGAAGGCUAUUACAGAGACACUAACAAACAUGAAAAUUUUGAAGUUGCAUGCUUGGGAGAAUCAUUUCAAGAAUGUCAUAGAAAUCCUAAGGAGAAAUGAAUCCAACUAUUUGUCAGCAGUUUUGUCAAUAAGAGGUUAUAGUGUGGUCCUUUUUUGGUCGUCUGCAACCUUAGUAUCAAUUGUAACUUUCUGGGCAUGUUACUUCCUCAAAAUUCCUCUCAAUUAUAGCAAUGUUUUCACAUUUCUUGCAACUUUGCGCAUUCUUCAAGAACCCAUCAUGUUGAUCCCUGAUCUUGGCACAGUGUUUAUUGAAACAAAGGUUUCAUUUACUCGAAUAGUGAAGUUUCUCGAGGCACCCGAAUUGCAAAAUAGACAUAUCAAGCGAAAGUGUGAUAUGAAUGAAGAACUCGAGCAGUCUAUAUUGGUCAAUUCUACUCGAAUUUCAUGGGAUGCUAGUUCUUUAAAGCCCACUCUAGCUGACAUAAACUUGGUGGUUCAAUUUGGUGAGAAGAUAGCUGUAUGUGGAGAGGUUGGCUCAGGUAAAUCGACCCUUAUAGCCACAAUUCUUGGGGAGGUUCCAAACAUCAAUGGCAUAGUUCAAGUACAUGGAAAGGUUGCCUAUGUUUCUCAAACAGCAUGGAUCCAAACAGGGACAAUACAAGAAAAUAUUCUCUUUGGGUCCAACAUGGAUAAACAUAGAUACCAAGAAGUACUUGAAAAGUGUUCCCUAAUAAAAGAUCUCAAGUUGCUUCCAUUUGGUGAUUGCACUAUAAUUGGAGAACGAGGUGUUAAUCUCAGUGGUGGCCAGAAGCAACGGGUUCAACUUGCACGUGCACUAUAUCAAGAUGCAGAUGUGUAUCUCUUAGAUGAUCCGUUCAGCGCUGUUGAUGCACAUACUGCAACCAGUUUGUUUAAUGAAUAUGUCAUGGGAGCUCUGGCAGGGAAAACGGUCAUACUCGUGACUCACCAAGUUGACUUCCUUCCAACUUUUGAUUCUAUCUUGUUAAUGUCUGAAGGGAAGAUUGUGGAAGCAGCUACCUACAAUCAAUUGCUGGCUUGUAGCCAGCAAUUUCAAAACCUUGUCAAUGCUCACAAAGACAUAGUUGGUUCCGAGAAGCACAUCAAGUAUUGUUCCCCAAAAUCUAAAACCCUUACAGAAGAGAACCAGGAAGGUAUUAAUACAGAAGAACAGCUCGGAGAACCAUUAGGAGACCAGUUGAUUAAGAAAGAAGAAAGAGAAAUAGGAGAUAUGGGUCUAAAACCUUACAUACAAUUUUUGAAUCAGAGCAAGGGUUUCUUGUACCUAUCCCUGGUAG